AUGACCUCCACCACCACCUCACCCACCUCACGACCACAACCCCCCCGCCGCCCCCCCUUCUCCACCCUCCCGCUCGACCCCUCCGGCCCCGCCAGCAACGCCUGGGGCCUCUACGGCCCCUCCGACGAGCUCGGCGCCCUCAACAUCCUCACGCCCGCCGUCGUCCUCUCCGCCGCACAAUCCACCAUCCUAACCGGCCACCGCGUCUCCCUCGACUGGCCGCUCAAUCUCCCCUCCCACCCGUCCUUCGACCGCCCGUCCUUCCAAUGGCAACUCACGAACCGCACGCAUCCCGACGGCACCAAGCGCACCGUCAACGACGACUCCAUGACGUUCAACACGCAGAGCAGCUCCCAGUGGGACGGGUUCCGGCAUUACGGGUACCAGAAGGCUGGGCUGUACUACGGGGGCCGGACGCAGGGGGACGUCGAGUCGUCUGAAGUCAUAGGGAUCGACAAGAUUGCGAAAGCGGGGGGGAUUGCGGCGAGGGGUGUGAUUCUAGAUUACCCUCGUUGGAGGGCGGCGAGGGGGCAGGGGAAGGUGGACGCGUUGGCUGCUGUUGCGAUUACGGCGGGGGAGUUGAAGGCGAUGGUGAGGGACGCGGGGGUCGAGACGAGGGAGGGCGAUGUGUUGUUGUUGCGUACCGGGUUCACGGAGGCGUAUUUGGGGUUGGAUGGGGCGGGGAGGGAGGCGUUGGGGGCGAAGAGGCCGGCGGAGUUUAUGGGGGUGGAGUCCACGAGGGAGGUCGCGGAGUGGAUUUGGGAGAGCGGGUUUGUGGCGGUUGCGGGGGACGCGCCGUCGUUUGAGAUGAGUCCGUUGGUAGGGGGGCAUAAUGAGGUUGGGGGGAUAUGGAAGGGGGAGAGUUGGGAGGAGGAGAUGCAGGGGGGUGGGUUGUUGCAUCAGUGGUUGCUUGGGGGGUGGGGGGUUAUGAUUGGGGAGAUGUGGGAUCUUGAGGGGCUUUGUGAGAAGGCGGUUGAGUUGGGGAGGAAUACGUGCUUUUUGUCGAGUGUGCCGUUGAAGGUACCCGGCGGCGUCGCGAGCCCUCCAAAUGCCGUUGCAUUCUUCUAA